UGUCUCCCUCCAGCGGCAGCUAUUGUGCAUUUCAUUGCAUGUGGAGCACAACAAGAAGGACCACAGCAAGUAACGGGAUUUGAUUUAAAAUGUUCACCCCUUUUAAUUGUAUCGACCUAAUUCAUCGGAUCGCUGCACAUGUUUGUGUUUGACGACAGUUCGCCACAUUCAGAAGCUCGUUGGUGGUUUGCGGUGAAAAGUGCCAUUGUGUUGCCGUAAGUGAGGGGAACCGUUAGUUAUAGCUGGAAACACUAAAGCAAGGUGAAGUCGCUUUAAUGCGCGGACACGUUUGUUUUUAUUUGACAACGUAACGGGGGAAAUAUAACGUCAAAUAUAACGUCCUUCCUUCCUGCUGUUUCAUCAACUUGAUGCGCAAGAAAAAGUAGUUGCAUGGGUAGUAGAUGCUUGUUUCCUGUUUCCUCCUGAAAGCCAAACCUGCCCGGCUUUAUUUGACAUCCUCUAAUUUAGAAAGUGCCAUGUUCUUCAACCAGCCAUGUCAAAUCUCACACAAGAAAUGCCAUCGCUGAAGACUGUACGAGAGUGGUGCCGCGGCACAUGCGCCAACUACCCCAAUGUGGAAAUUAAGAAUAUGUCAACUUCAUUCAGGGAUGGACUUGCAUUUUGUGCCAUCAUCCACAAACACCGACCGGACCUAAUAAAUUUCAACUCCCUCUCCAAAGAUAAUGCUUUUCAAAAUAACAAACUGGCAUUUGAGAUUGCAGAGAGGAAGCUGGGCAUCCCUGCGUUGCUGGACCCAAAGGACAUGGUUUCCACCAAGGUGCCUGAUUGUUUGAGCGUCAUCACCUACCUUUCCCAGUACUACUACUUCUUCAACAGGAAGUCCUAUGGUCUUGACAGUUUGAGGUCAUCACACGUUACUUUCUUGAACAACCUCACAAAGAGUAAAACUCCUGAUGGUCUGAAACCCCUGAAGAGCCCGACUGAUCUUCAAACCAAUAGAGAAGAUUGUUUGUCCAACACAAGGACACAAACAGUGUGUCAUUUGUGUUUCAAGCCUGUCCACCUUAUACAGAGACAUCUGAUUGACGGAAAGUUCUACCAUCGCAGCUGUUUCAGGUGCAAAAUGUGCCGCAGCAUUCUUCUACCGGGGUCUUACACACGGGGAAGUGAUGACGGCUCCUUGAUCUGUACUCACCACAUAACAGACAGGGAAAGUACUCGUGUUGACCUCACUCAGCAAAUUAAAUAUACUGAGAAUCGGCCCAGAUCUAAGUUUCAGGCAGUUUACUUUUCUCUGGGGGGAUUGGCUAUCACCAGCGUCCCUCAUUACACUAAGACAACAGAGUCACAGGACAGACUGCUUUGUAAAACACCAGAGAUGGAGGGGAAAGAAAAGCAGGAGAGGAGCAGAGAGCUGAAAGAGAGAGAAAACAGAGACUUCGCUGUUGGAGUAGGCAGCACGGUAAAGAAGCCAGCGCCUCCUCUUCUUCCUCCACUCAGUGUUAAAGAUAGGAUUGUCGAAGGAGCUGGACCUGCACCCUUUCUACCAGAAAGAAAGAUACAGCAGGAGGCGACAAAGACCUCUGAGCUCUCUUCACCGUGUGUAAGAGAGACAGAAGGAAGUAGUCGGCCGGUUCCAGCACCCAGGCGAAUGUUAGACUCUUGUGUAGUCCCUGUUCCUGCACCCAGGACCAAAACUGCCCCGCCAACAAACAGCUCCCCUGCCGCAGGAAAUUCAUCCAACUCAUCUCACAUUACCAGCCUGACCAGUGGCAGCCCUAAAGUGCAAACCAACCAUCCAUGGAUCAACAUCGUCCAUCUCGGACCCUGGACCCAGCUGCCUCCCGCUCCACCUCCUGUACCCACUCCUCGAUCCAAAUCUGUCUCUAACCUGCGGAGGUCAUGGUACAAACCCAGAGUGCCUCCGCCCAAUCCAUUUGGAGAAGAGAUGGAUGAGGACACUCAGGAUGAGGGCACUAAACCUGAGCCUGCAGACCAAACUGAGCCCUCAUUGGACGCUGCAGUUUGUUCAAGUGAUGCUGAAAUUACUGCUGUUACAUCUACACCUGAUGAUGAUGAUGAUGGUGAUGAUGAUGGUGAUGCGGGAGCUUCAAGUCAAACAGCUGGAGAUGCUGGUCAACUUGGUUUAUCAGAUUUGGAUGGAACUGGAAACACGGGAGGUUCAAACCCGGAUGUGACUGAAGCAGCAGCAGGUCCGCAUGUCUCUUCAGAUGAAGCUCAGAGUCACAUUUUACCCAGGAGUCUCUCUGUGUCAGCUAUCACAUCUGCCCGCUCUCAAAGUUCCCUUUUGCUUUUUGACUUGACGGAGACAAAUGAAUCUGAUCAGGUCAUGUCAUGUCCAAGUAAGCCGGCCUGCAAAGAGAAUCCUUUUGAUAGAAAACCUGGAAUGCCCAAAUCAAAGACCUUUCAGGCUCUCUCAUCUGCACGAGCCCCUGCCCCCGGUCAUGGCUUCCCACUCAUCAAGAGGAAGGUGCAGACGGACCAGAAUGUGUCCACAGAAGACCUGCAGGUGGAAAGAAGCGAACUGGAUAAACAUCUGGAGGCGUUGGAACAAAGAGGAGUCGAACUGGAGGGGAAUCUGAGAGACGACAAGAAUGAUAAAGAGGAGGAACGAAUGCUAAUGGAUUGGUUCUCUCUUAUACAUGAGAGACAUGUUCUGGUGCGCAGAGGUACAGAGCUGGUUCAUCUGACGAAGCAGCAGAAGUUAGAGGAGAAACAGGCAGAUGUGGAGUACAAGCUCAGAUGUCUCCUUAACAAACCAGAGAGUGACUGGAGUCAGGAGGAUCGAGGUCGAGAGCGGCAGCUGAUGGACGAGCUGGUCGCCAUCAUCGAACAGAGGAACCAGAUAGUCGGCAGCUUGGAUCAGGACAGGCAGAGGGAAAGUGAAGAAGAUGUGCUUUUGGAAGCCAUGAGAAAGAACAAAGACUUCCAGAAAGAAGGCAUAAAAGAGCUAAAGAAGUCAAAAGGAAAGUUCAAGCCCACAAAAAUGUUCAAGAUGCUGAACCACAAAGCAGAGAGCAACAAAGACUCCAUGGACAAAAAGAGCUGAAGUACUAUCAUGACUGCAUGAUAAAAGUGGAAUAUGAUCACAAUAUAAAAUAGUUUUAUUAAUUUUAUGUUUAAGAGCAACUCUGUAACAUAGAUUAAAUGAAAUAUCAUUCUCUCAAUGCAAAUGUAUUCCAUGUUUCUUUAUUUGCCCUAUCUCCUCUAUCCGUUGUCAUGUUUAAAAAAAUGUUUUAAUUGCAUACUCAUUUAGUCAAAGUAUGCAAUGAGUCUGUAUUUGGGAAAGUUGUAUGUGUACGGUCUAUUUAAUAAUCAUACAAUAAAUAAACGUGCAUUAAAAUUCACUCAAAACAGUAAAACUAACUUGUCUUGAUAUGUAUGU